AUGAGCUGGAUGGUGAAGAGUUUCUUGUUGCUGUGCUUGUGGCGACUCCAGGAAGGAGCACAAGCCUGCACAUGUGGCCCGAGGCAUCCGCAGGAGGUGUUUUGCCAAUCAGAUGUCGUCAUCACAGCGAAGGUUGUUGGAGCAAAGGCUGACGGAAGCUUAAAUCCCAUCAAGUAUGACAUCCAGCCAAUUAAGAUUUUCAGGGGCCCUGAGAGGCUUUUUGCUGUCAUCUACACGGCAUCCAGCUCUGCCGCAUGUGGAAUCACACUGACCAAUGGCGCCGAAUAUCUACUCAUGGCCAGACUCCAGUCUGAUGGCUCGCUGUACAUCUCCUCGUGUGACUUCUAUCAGCCGUGGUACGACUUGAGCGCCAUGCAAAAGCGCUUGUUGCAGCUCUACGGGAUGGGCUGCGACUGCAAGAUCACACUCUGCGCCUCCCUCCCGUGUGGCAUCAGCAGCCGGACCGAGUGCUUGUGGACAGACUUUUUGCCAGGGAACCUGGCCAACGGCGAGCAGGCCCGAAACUUUGCUUGCAUCAAGAGACUCGACGGCUCUUGUGGCUGGUAUAGGGGCGCCGCCUCGCCCAUGAAGAGAUUUAUGGGAAUGUUCAAGGGCCCUAAAAAGGAUUUUGAUGCCAUGUACAGUGCAUCCAGAUCUGCAGCAUGUGGAGUCACUCUCACCAAUGGCAUCGAGGAUCUACUCAUGGACUGCAGUUCAACGGCUCGCCGCAUCAUCUCGUCCGACUUCUCUCAGCCGUGGGAGACCUCGAGCGGCAUGCAAAAAGACCCUGUUGCGGCGCUACCAAAUGGGCUGCGGUUGCACGGUAGGAACACGAAGGAGAUCAAGCUGUGCGUCUCCCUCUCAUGCGGCGUCGCCAGCCCGACCCCGUGCUUGUGGACGGACUUUCUGCCGGUGAAGGUGGCAAACGGAGAGCAGGCCCAAAACUUUGCUUGUAUCAAGAGAAGCAACGGCUAUUGCGCUUGGUACAGGGUGAGCGCCUCGCCCAAAAAGGGUUUUGUGGGUGUCAAAGGCCGUUAA